AUCCGGGACCCUCCUGAGUAGGCACUCCUAUUCCUCCUUGGCGUCACCUUUGGUGAAGUUCUCAGAUUUUCAGGUUGGCGUUUGCGUGAUUUUAAUGAUUUUGAUCCUCGAUCAGCUGAUUUUUAACAAAGAUACAAAUGUCAAAGAAACAGGUAAACACAGAUGCAGUACUGUAUGCUCUAUGAUUCUAUAUACAGGGAAAUCUUAUGGAUGUUAUGAAUGAAGGCACACAAUUUAUGCUUGUAAUUUACACAAUUGUUUAACUACGUAGCUGCAUGGUAGCUGUUGUAAGGGUAGGUAAGCAGAAGCCCAUCGGAAAACACUUAGCUUUAUCUAGAUUUUCUUUGUUAUCGGGAUAACCGAACGGUUACGAACUCAAAGUAAGCUUUAAUACAUGUAACUUGAUUUUCUUCGUUGCUAUGAAUUUGAUCACUGUUCUGCAACUGUACAUUUCCUUCGCCGAACGCCGAUCGGCCGUCGAGCACCCGCACCCUGUAGUUGCUGACCCUGUAGUUUGGCAUUCGGCGGCCUAGUCUGAAACGGCAAGUCAUUUGUACUGCAGUACCGUUCAAAGAAAGUUGACACUCAAUUCUCGAUCCUCGCGAGAAUCGAAUCGAGAAUCGAGACUGUAUUCUCGAUUGUUAUGUCUCAAUACUCGAUUCCUGCAGGACGCAUCAAACCGGAAUGGACUUUGUUUAGGUUUGAGAAAUUCGCUCUCUGCUCUCGACACUUGAUUGCGGCGAGAGUCUACAACCAUUGGGCAAGUUUUGAAUAAUCUUCUUACUUCUCUUAUGUCGGAAAAAACUUUCCACUGCAUAAAGUAACAAACUCUGGUGAACUUUUGAGUCCUGCGAGAGACGCCUCAAUUAACUAUGCAAAUUCAAGAUACAGUAGUGAAGUGACAGAAAUCUGCAUAUUUUGUUCGAACGGCUCUGGGUAAUACUUUUGUGCUGAAACCUUGAAAAUGUUCGAACAGCAUUUUGCAUCAUAAAAAUAGCAGGAGUUGUCAUUUCACUAGUUGAACGUAAACAGCAAUUCAUGACUGUUUAUCUAACGUGGAAUGCAAAAUUAAAGGAAGCUUGAAUAGAGUACUAAAGUGAUGACGUCAUAAAAAUGAAAUUUCUGAAAUUAUGGGAUUUGUUAGGAUAUUUUGAAAGAACAAUGUCCAAGAGGCCUACUUGCCAAAAAAUGAGCAUUUCGCGGCUAAUUGUCUCUGAGAUCGUAGCCCAGUUAUACUCAGAAAACUCCAUACAAACCCUUCUAAUUUUUUUUGGGUCGACCCCAAAAAAAUUUCGGUUCAAAAUGUAAAUGCAACUGUCUGGCCCAGGUAGAAAUUUUCCAGUCAAAGUGGUCCACCUCCAGAGGUGGGUUUUUUACUAUUUACAUGGGCAAACUGGUCGCUCCACUGUUUAGACAAAUGGUACGCAGAAUUCAGGACUGGUAAAUUUCAUCCCGGAAUCACAUUUACCAUUUGUACAAAUCAGUUCCAUUUACCAAAAAACGGCCGCAAAUUGCCUGAACCAGUAUCAAAGAUGGCUUUGAAGAAAUGGAACAGGAAUUUCCAUUUGGAAUAUUCCGUCCGGAAGAACAGGACUGUACCUUUUCAGAUGUUCCAUUGCUCCUAGAAAUCUUCCUGUGGAAUGACCCAAAAAGUUGUGUUCUGUUUACUUUCCAUGUCUGACUGGAUUUUCGGGAAUAUAAAUUUGGUAAAUGGUAAACAACUGUGGUCCUCUUUGACCAGACGGUCUUGUCCGACCGAAACUUGCCAUUCCAUUUUCAAAAAUUCUCGUUUCUAGCCCUUCUUUGCUAAGCAGUAGUCAAAAUGUUUGUGGAAAUGUAAAUGGAUUGCUUGAUUCGAUUGCAAACUUUGUUUCAACUGAAAAAUGUCAUUCCAUUUUCUCUUGAUAAUUCCACUGGUUUCUAAUUGGUUAGUUUGGCAAAAUGGAAAGCAUCCAAAGUCUCCAAUUAUUGCUUCUCGCAUGUUCUCAUUGUUUUGUUCUUUGGCUUGUCUUUUGAAUUGUACUUGCCAAUUUCUUUGGAUUGCCUGAUUAUGCAUGUCCAUGGGCAUUAUCGCAGUUGAUUUUUUUGUUCAUUGGUGCCUAUUUAUCACUGGAAGUUUCAUUUGUAAUUAUAUCUUGACCUGAAUUGCUUUUUUGUGAUAGCGUGACCUCAGUUUGAUAUUUCAUCCUCUGCUUUUUAAAUUUAUGAGACCUUAUUGCUUACCUAAAAGUUUCAAUAAUUUAUUUGCACAUACAUGUAAAGCUUAAGAAAACUUAAAGAAACCUCAAAGAGCUUUGAAAACAAUAGAUGUAGUCUUGUGCAAUACAAACUGCUUUUAAGAUUUAACAUGUAUCACGCAAUUUCUCAUCAAGGUUGUGGCAGUCACGUUCUAGGCAACAAAAAAGUUAAUGCGUAUCAUGUUUUACCGCAUGAGAAGAGUCUGAUAGAAAAAAAAGCCGAAUUCUAAAAGAUGAACUUAACUUAAAAGAAAGUACCAUUUUUCCUUGUGGAAUUAAGACCAUUGUUUCUGGAAAGUUUUCAACGAUCACGUAUGCAAUUUCAGAGCCACAGGCUAGUCAAGUUACAGACAUUCAUGUAUUUUAUCAUGGCCCAGUGGCCAGGUAAGCCCAGAAUCGUUUGUUUGCAUUUGGAGGAGGCUCUUGAAACUGUAUUUGAGGACAUGAAGCUUGAUACGUACAAGAAGAGAAAUUUGCUUUACUAUGGUCUUGUUUCAAUUCUAGUCGCUCACACGAAUAAACCAUGCGGUGUUGUGUUAUGUCUAUUUGAAAUUAUCAAGAAAUCCUGAAGUCAUGGGUCAAACUUUUGUUUUCUGUCUCAUGAGACUUGAUCCUCAACUCGAUUCUCAAUUUGUACAGAAAUCAAGAAUCGAGAAUCAAGCAAGAAUUGAGACUCACAACAGACUGUCAACUUACUUUUGAGUGGUACUGUCAAGUGUUGACAGGCCAAACGCAACUCAUAUGAAGCUCGUGAUAGUGUGAAAUGUGACCUUAGCUUAGCCUUGAAUAACAGAGGUUUUCCUCUUUUCUUUCUGGUGCAUAUAUUAUGCAGUGCAUGGAGUAUCAUAAACGUUGACUGAACAAAUCUUAUUUUGCCAUUUAGAGGUCAUAAAGCUGAUCUGUUUCAUGCCCAUUCGAGAGUAAUAACACCGUAAAUAUUAGCGGAGCUCUCGUGCGCGCGCAGCGGAGCACCAUGGGUAAGAAAAUUUGGUAAACUAUCCAUCAGAGAAAAUUUGGUUAUGAUGUAGAGUAUGCCCGCCCGCCCACCCACCCGUACACACACCUCAUGUAAGCCGAUGUCAAAUGUCACAAUAGAUCUUGCACAACUUGACUAGCCUCUUAAUUAUGUAAGCCAUCCGUUUGAGUACGAUUAGAUUGACAGCUGUCAAAAUCAGACAUCCGCUGACAAAUAUCACAUGACCAUCUCGCGGGCUCAGAUGAUAGACCAGUCGUUUUGCCCCAACAUAUAAGCUGAUAUAGUAUGUCACACUUACCAAUUCAGCAUAAAAACGAAACUACGCUGGGCAAGGCUCUCAGUUGGCGGACAGUCGUUAUAUUGGCAAGCCAAAUUAAAAUCAGUUGACAGCUGUCAAAAUGGGACAUGUGCAGACCACUAUCAAAAAACUAAUAACGUGGGCUCAGGUUCGCUCAGGCACACGAUCUGGCAUUUUCCAAUACAUGCCGGACGGAUAUGUCUUACUCACACUCGUAGUCUGUUAAUUCGAAUAUUCGCCAUUCUAAUGAAGGUUAAUUGACAGCUGUCAAACUAGAGUAUACGCUGACCACCAUUACCUGAGUGUAUCGCGGGCUCAUUUUUCUAUCCAUUGAGGUCACGUAGUGUUUAAAGUUUUGCGCUGAUAUUUUAUUUGAUCACAGGCUCAAUUCGAAGCCCCAUAGCUUAGAAAAUCUAUCCUUCCUAGAAAAUUCGGCAAUCAUGUGACCGUACACCGACCACCCAACCUUUUGUCCGUCCGCCCCACAGGCAUACCAAUGUUUAAUCUCACACUUUCUAGCUAGUUUGGGAGCCUGCAACCUGAUAUUGUACAUCCAUGUUUUGAUUAAUUGACAGCUGUCAAAAUAGUGUUUCUGCUGACUAGUAUCGCCUGACCAUAUCGUGGGCUCAGGUAUCGACCCACUGAGUUCGAGUGUUUUUUUUUAGGUUUCCUCUGACAAGUUGCUACUUUUCAAAUGAUCGCAGGCUCAAGUUCAAUUUUUUUUAAAAUGCAUAUGAAAUAAGUCGUGUUCAUGAGCCGCACUUUUAAAAUGUUGAUUUCGAACUGACCUCGGACGCGAAAAUUCAACCGUCUUUUACAUUUACAUGCAGGGAAGGCAAUUUCUUACUGUCACGCAUUGAGCACGCUCUACGUCCAAUUUUUAUGUUCUGAUUGGUCAAAAAAUGACAGGUGAGUUCAUGCAGAAAAUUUAUGCAGCGUCUGGUAACUUGCUUACUGAUAGCUGGAGCUGACAGAGUGUUGUGUCAUCUUGUGAUGUUUUAAACUGUCUUUUUCUACUUGGUGUACAAAAUGAAAUACAGCUGCUAUCAAGAUUGUUCUGUAAUUCAUGGCUGGUUUGUUUAUUGCGCUUUUUGUUGACAAAUGCACUGCUUGUCAAAGUCAUAAGAUUUCGGAUGCAUCGUUUUCAAAAACGAGCUUACUCACUUGCCUUUGCUUGAGGCAUAAGAGGGUUGAAAAGUCUCAAGCGAUUCUGGGACGUUUUUUUCAAAUAUUUUGCGUUGUUUGAGCUAUUUAACUUUUAACAUUGAACAUUUCCUCAGAAAAUCCGGUAUGCCAUUGUAAUAUAAGCAAUUAUGUGAUCGGUGAGAAGUAAACCAAUCAGGUACAAGUGUUACAAUUUCAACAACAUCUUUUUCGCAUGUUUUUUGCACCAAUGACGUCAUGUUUUGUGCAUUAUUACGUCAUCUAUUAUCCCUUCCUUGUCAAUUCUCAAUAUUUGAAGAUGUCAGGGGUUGACAGCCCUGUUUUUGUUGACAAAUGCACCGCUUGUCAAAGUCAUUGGAAAUCCGAUUUCGGAUGGCGUCAUUUUCAAAAAUGAGCUUACUCACUUGCCCUGCUUGAGGUGUAAGAGGGUUGAAAAGUCUCAAGUGAUUCUGGAACACUUGAUGACCUUCAGAAGCAGCAUCUCGACUGGUAAGCCUGAGCAAUUAUUGUCUCUGAUGUGUGUUUUUUUUUCGGUUUCCUGAAGGCAAGUGUAUGGUUUAUGCGGCUUAAGUUUAUACACGAGCAAUGAUCUAACCUACAAUAGUAUCAGGAGUUAAAAAGCCUUUAGACAUUUUUUGACCGCAAAUUCAAAGAAAAGGUUCCGAAGAUUAUUUAGUUAUGAUUUUGGCUGUAAACAGAAAGGUCUGAGCGAUUUUCUUGCCUCGAGUUCAUCUUGAAAAAGAGCAAACACCGGGAAGCCCGCAAUAAGCUUAUGCUUACCUGACUCAUGAUUUUCAGAGACACUUUACUCUCAAUACUUCUCUUCGUGAAUGAAAAUUAUUGUCUCUGUACAUGUUUCACCAAAUUAUAUUUAUUUUAUUGAUUGGUUGUAGUCCCUCUUGCAAUUUUAUCGCUGCACCGGUUGUUUCCAGUUGAACAUAUACAUCGCAUGCAGGAAUACUCAAAACGCCGCGCGUAAAUAUCACUCGCUUUUAAAGAUUACACAACAAAACCAUACACAGUUUAAUAAAUAAACGGAAAUAAAACCUAAACAUAACAAUUUCUCUAUCAUGUUGAAGCGUAAAUGGUAACUCUAUUAAUCGCACUGCAAAUUUGGUGCCUGUCAAAAGUGAGAACCCGUCCGGCUGGCCGAAAAGGUGAUUUUGGGAAUUUUUUUUAUCGUUUUCAUUAAAAGCCCAUAAUUAUUACCCUGCAUAUCUUAUAGGACCAGAUUUUUCUAACUGAAAAGUCCCGGCAUUAUAGAAUUCUCUUCAUGAAAACCUUUUAUAAUUCAAUGCUAUAAUUUGUUGUGCAAAGGAAGCGCGUGCUUUGAUCGUCGUGGGAUAUUGAAUGAGUGCAAAUUCUCUCGCAAAUUUUUGAAAAACUGCAGAAUUAUAGGUUUAAAUAGGGCAAAAAAGAACAAAUUCUGUCCAAGGUCUGUAUGAUAAAAAAGGGCCUCAUAGUACUGUUUACCUGAGACGUGAUGAGAAAAAGUAUGUUUAAAAGGCUGGUUUACACGCCACCAGAUUCGUUGCCAAGAUUUACUAGUAACCUAAACUUGCCGAACACAAAAAAUCCGGCCUGCUUUUUAUUUUUGCCUCUCUUUUAGACAGAGGAAUGUAUACCUGCCAACUCUCACGCCUGCGGGUUGAAAACUUCGAUCUCACGCCUGCGGGCCAAUUUCUCACGCCUGAUUGAAAAAUGUGAGUUGUUGCCGUCCUGCUUGAAACAAUUUCCAAAAAUAUGUUAACUCAGACCCAUGUAAGGAACGAAAACCAUGUGUAAAAUGAAUAAAUGGCAAUACCUUCCUCGCGAUCUCUGAUUUUUGAAGUGAAAAGCACUGGGAGCGAGCUCGCCUUUGGCAGACUUCGGCAGACUUCGGACGUCUUCGAAAGACUUCGGACUUCUUCAGGAAUCUUCGGAAAUGAUCGAGUCGUUUUCAAAAAUCCCAGCACUCCCAGGAUAAAAAUCUCACGCUUAUAUCUCAGAAAAAGUUGGCAGGUAUAGGAAUGCAACGUGUAAAUUGGCUGCCACCAAGGACUAUCGUGGCGCGUGUGUUUCUAUUAUCCAUAGUCUCUCUAACGGAGCAAUGUUGGAGAGACAGGUGAAUGCCACAUUAUGAUGCAACAGCUAAUGCAAAUACAAUACAUGAAUAGGUCUAUUUGUUUUCCAGGCCUAAUCUACUGUGAUCGAACAUGAUUGCUAUUUUUGGGUGUACAAAUAAGACUAUUUAAUAAUUCGAUGUAAAAUUUGUUUCACUCUUGGACUGUCAAAUUAUUUUUCUCUAAAAUCACUUAGCCUUUGCCUCAAAAGUCAAAUGAAUGUGCCCUGAUCUGUGGAUUACAAGUUUAUUGUUUGAUUUACUAACGAGAGCUUCGCUUUUAGCCGUGGCUAAAUCUAUAUAUUAUGUUAUGCAGUCAGAAAUGUCAUCCAUCUCUUCGCCCCACCCUCCAACAGGCGGCGGAUGUUGAAUGUUUCUGUCAGUGUUUUCUGACAGGAAUUGAUCACAGAUGCAGUUUACCACUGAUUUUCGGCUAAAGAACCUUUUAAUAAAGAUUUUAGUUCCUUUGGUAAUUUCUACGAAAUGCCUGAAUCUGAAUAGUGUUGUUUGCAGGCUGGUAAUUUUCUCACUUAAGUGAUCUUAACAUUGGAAUUGUACCUUAAACUGAAGCUACACCAAGUAUGGGGUCAGUGAAAUCAUUGUUUACUGGGGUGCUGAUACAGUCCAUUUUAUUUUUCGUGGGAUAAGCAAGUCUUUGGACGUGAGGGUGUGUCCUGUAGUUCCUCUGCUUGUAUUUACUUUUGGUUGAGCUUAAACAGUCUUUAUGACUCUACAUGACAUGUACUGGUUAAGUGGCACUUUGUGUUAUAAGCAAGACUGCAGUUUUGGAACACUAACAGCCAAGCACAUUAGUUCUAAAUGUGAUUUGUUCCAGUUUAACUGCAAAAAAAGCAUGAACUGCAAGAACACUCACAUGAUCACUCAUGGCCGCCAACUUGAUAUUUAUGCAUAAUUUCAUAAAUUAAUUAUUUGUGACGACACAGGACAACAUUAUAACUCUGGGAAUUCAGACGUCUCUGCCCCUCACCACCCACUCUGUCUCGAAGAGACGGAUGACAUUGCCGACUAUUUCUACCCCUGUUGACCACUGUUCAAAUGACAAGAAUCUUGCAUUCCAAGUGUUUUUUUGAGGUCAUCAGUGACAGAGUAUCUUUGCAGUAGCCUACACCACAGAUGGAACUAAACUACUGGUUAAGUCCAUCUGUGAAACAGCAUGAUUCAAAAUUUUUGUUCUGGGCCCCCACCUGUGUACCAGGAUUUGAGUAUGCGCCAUGAUUGGCCUGCUAAAAAAGCCACUGUCAAUUUACUAAUCAGGUUGAAGGGAAUUCAAAAUGCAUUUCUGGUAUUUUGUGGAAUCCGUUGGAGGCCUAGAACAAUAAUAUCAGCACUACUGCUUCGCAGGCAUUACUAAGCGGGGAUUAGAUUAUGUCUGCGACUAUCUUCGGUUAUCUUCGCGGCAUUUCUUCAAAGAUUUUCCGAGAAGCAAGCUUCCUUUGGCUUAGGCUCAGUCCUGUGGGUGCAUCAAGACACCCAUGUAGCUGGAGACCGAGCCUAUUCAGAGCUGUGAAAAUUUCAAUUUCUACAUGAAAGCAUUAUUUUUGCAUAGCGAUAUUGGACCCCCCUUAAAAAGUGUCAGUAUUUCGCCUCCUUGCAGACUCAACUGAGCUAGCACAUGCACUAUUACACAUUGUCAAGAAUGCAACUAGCUUCUUUUUGAAAACUUUGGGUUGGUUUGAUGAUUACUGUAACGCUACUCUCGAGAUACAACUCUCUAACAAGCAAAUUAAAUUCAACUUGUUUGAAAGCUCCUUACUGUUGCAUUGUCAAAUUCUCUUAAAAACAGAAUUCACCUACUUGUUUUAAAGAUAAAUUACUUUCCAUACUUGUAAAAACAUCAUAUAUAAUUUUAUGCAAGCUUUUUUAACAGUAUUGCAUUGAAUAUUAAGGCAAGUCAUAAAUGUAGAUGUAUUUCUUUUAAAAAUAUGUUUUCGGAACAUACCUACAUCACCUUUAUUUUAGCCUUGGAUUUACAGAUUGACAGAAAUGAGAGAAAAAAUAAUAGUGAUACAAAGAAAGAAGGGAGAAAAAAAGAAAUAAAAAAAUACCGGUAAGAGGAAAUACAAAAAUAUAUGAGAAAGGAAAUUAACUGCUCGUGACAUGUAUAAUUUAUUAUUAUUUUGCUGAAAUGAAAUUUGAUGCUUUUUGAGUUUAAACUUAAUUGUUAAAGAAUGCUAGACCUCAGGUCCUCAGGGAGAACCUGACAGGCUGUUAUACCUAUUCAUGCUCUUUUGUUUUCUGUACAUUGUAAGUAAAACAAGGCUUUUUGUUUAACAGGAAGGGAUGGAUUCCGGGUAUCUAGAUGAGAGCAAUGCACACUCAAGCAAUGAUUUCCCAGAUGAAGAAGAAAAGCAGAAGAGUUCAAGGUAAAGCAAAAAGUCUAUUCCAUUAUUUUCCAAUUGUUCAUGUUUUCCGUAAAACAAUAAUUGUUUUAAGGAAAACAUGAAUAAUUGGAAAAUAAUGAAUAUUUAAUAAUAUUUUUCUUGCAGAGCCUUAAUUUUUCAAAUAUACAUGUAUUAGAGAUGGAACAGUAACAGAAAUAGGAAAAUUAGCAGCAGUAGUAAAUAAAUUGAUUAAUUGGCAUUUCAUUUUUUAUCAGUAUGCAUGUACUAUCGUACCCUGUAAAUAUGACCACCACUGGGCCAUAAAAUCCUGGUGGUAAUAACAAGGUGGUCGUAUUAACGGGGUCUUCAAAAUAAUAAGAUGACUUAGUGUUUGUUAGUUUUGGGUCGAAAGAAUAUGGUUGUAAUAACAAGGUGGUGGUAUAAAUGAGGUGGUCGUAAGGCAGGGUUCCACUGUACAUAGUUUUUUAGUGGGGUGUCAUGUUUCUUGCAGUAUUCCUACAGUGUAAUAGCUAAUUAAGCAGCAUCUGAGGUUCCUGGCCUUAAACAACAGCUUUGGCCUGAAUCUAUACAAGUUUCAUGCCUUAAAGUUUGAAAGGCUCUGUGCCCUUUUGUUACGCGGGUAAUCUUUUAGAAGACGGGUAGCUUGCAAACCAAACUGAACGCAGGGUUGUUGGAACAGCAACAAGAAGAUUUAUUCCAAAAGUGAACGUAGUUUCCACGAAGUAAAACUCCACAACAGCACGUAACUCGAUAAACUUACACGGCCUCCGCCAACUUGAAUAAACUCUGCCUUCGUCACACUUGACUAAACACGACCAACGUCAAACUCUCUUCGCUUGUGAAAACUAGUUAAAACUUAACUCGGGCUCGCCUACUUAUAUACUUUUACAAUAAUAUUCUAGAACUUUCCAAAUAGUCUAAUUAUAGAAAGAUUACAAAAUAUACCGCUUUUAGAAACGCUUACAUAAGAUCCUAAAAUAAACAAACUAUGAACUCUCGCGAAGCUUCUCGAAAGUCACGCCAGUCACGCAAUACAAUUUUUCGUAACAUAACCCCCUUUCAGAAGAAAUUUCCUAAAUUUCCAAUACAAGAGAAAAAUUGUAAGCUAAUAUACAACAGGGGUAGUCCAGUGUCUCUCAGGUUAUUCUUCUUUAGUGGUACAGCCUCGGGGUAGCGAGUCGGAAAAUCUACAAGCGUCAAUAUGUAUCUGUGUCCUUCUUCACUCGGGGGACUAAUAGGACCAACAAGAUCUAUUGCUACUCUCUUAAAGGGCUUGUCAAUCAGCGGCAUCUUCUCUAACGGUACUUUCGGCACUGGUCCCUUACUUACGGUCUUCUGACAAACGUCGCAGGACUUGCAAAAUCGAGUCACGUCACCUUGAAUUCCAGGCCAAUAAAACGCACUCUGGAUCUUGUCUGUUGUUUUCUUGAUGCCCAUGUGACCGCCCAUGAUUGAUCUGUGCACUACUUCCAUUAUGGGGCGCCUCAACUUUUCAGGUACCAUGACUUGUUUAAGCGGUUUACCACCAUUCACAUAAGGGUGCUUGCACAGACGGUACAGUACUCCGCAUUUUUCUUCGAAUGAAAUUUCUGCCUGACCCUUUACUAGCACAUCGUCUCGAUCCCAGUACUUGUGCAGACUCUCAUCUUCACGCUGCAUCUGCUUGAGCUUCUCUCUAUCCACAAUAGGGCUCUCACGGCUACUUGGCACUUUCAAGGCUGGGCGUUCAUCCUUUUUCUUAGCUUGACUUCUUGUAGUCACUGCACAGGCCUCUUGCCAACUGGGGUAUGGAUUUUGUACGUCCCUGGCAUCAGGUACGUUGCCAAUAAUAAGGUCGUAGAUAGGAUCUGAAAGGCACUGCGCUGCUACAUGGCCCUUAAGAUAAGGCGUAUCAACAUAUAUUCUUGCUAUGGGCACCUUCCUGGCAGUGUUGUCAAUAAGCAGCAUAACGUUAAAGUCUCCGGUGAACUGAUCCUCGCCGACAAGAUCCCUCUUUACUACAACUCCGCUGCAACCAGUAUCUCUUAAAACGUCGACAGUCUUCUCUCCAACUCUACCCUUUACAACAGGCAUCUUAGUUCCUACUCCAGUUAAGGGUUCAACACAAGCAUUGCUCAGCAACGGGACUUUCUUGCCACAGGCUAACAGAAGCUGAUCAUUUUCAAUACACGACUUGACUUCCGCUGGAGUAGCGUUAACAUCGGGUGGCUUAACCAAACAGCCAGCACUAACUUGACCACGUUGCACAGGGUUACCAUCUUUAUUUUGACCUCCUGACUUCUGCUUGUUUGAGCGGCAGUUUCUAGCUUCGUGCCCUUGCUUGCCACAUAAGAAGCACUUUCUUGCUAGAGUUGGACAGUUAAUUGCUUUGUGUCCACGGGCAUUACACUUGUAACACUGGAGCGCUGUUGUGUCACUGUUACUCUGAACAGUCUUUAUUUCCUCCGCCUUAGACUGUAUUUGCGGCUUCUUGUUCGUAGAGCUAGACAGGUGCUUUCCAUGCGCUUCCAAAUAUUGAUCGGCGAUCUUCGCUAUCUGAACAAGCGUUUCCGGGGCUCUUUCUCGUAGGUGGACAGCUAACUCCUUCGGACAAGAUUCAAUAAACUGCUCUUUCACAAUUAAAUCUUUCAGGCCUUCAAAAGAACGAUCGGUUUUUGACAGCUGUGACCAACGCAACAAGUAUCUAUCCAGUCUCACUAUAAACUGUUCAGGACUCUCGUCAACUUCCGGCUUUGAUGCUCUAAAUUUACGACGAUAACUAUCCUCCGUAAGGUCAUAUCUCUUCAUCAAAGCUAACUUCACUCGCUCAUAAUCUUGAGCUGCUUCCUCAGAUAAUCGCGAAUAAACUUCAAGCGCACGACCAGACAAAAGAGCACUAAGUUUCGAAGCCCAUCCUGUCUUCUCCCAUUUAGCUGUCGCUGCAAAUCUCUCAAAACUUUGUAGAUAAGCGUCCAAGUCGUCCUUGCCAUCAACAAAUGAGGGAAGCUUGGGUGCCUUCGCCCUAUCCUCUCUCACUUCGGGACGUCCAUCAGCACUUGCUGCAGCCAAAGGUGCAAUUUCCAACUCGUGUUCCCUCUUUGCCGCUUCAAUAGCCUCUUUCUGUUUCAACAGCUCGGCUUCCAUCUCUAAUUAUCUUAGUUCACGUUCUUGCCGCCUGGUUUCUCUUUCUUCAUCCUCGCUUCUACGCCUUUCCUCUUUCUCUUCUUCUUCCUUUCUUCUGUCUUCUUCAAGUAUUCGACGUCUCUCUUCCUUUUCUUCUUCUAACUGCCUACGCUUUUCUUCUCUUUGCUCUUCCAAUUGUCUACGUUUUUCUUCUUUUUCUUCCUCCUCCCUCCUUCUUUCUUCUUCUAACUUUUGUUGCUCCCGCACAAACUCAAGCAGUUUUUCUCCCUCCAAUCCGAAUUCCUUCCCUAUCUGCAAAAGCUUUUCCAUUUCCACAGCAGUAGUUCACAGCAAACACACUCGAUAUACUUCCUCGUAUCAGUUCUUCUUACUUCCACUGUAUACUCCUUUUUCUUGAACUGUCCUUUCCUGGUUACUGUAGUCGGCAAACAGUUGAAUUCCUCUCCCGGACAGGCCCCCAAUGUUACGCGGGUAAUCUUUUAGAGGACGGGUAGCUUGCAAACCAAACUGAACGCAGGGUUGUUGGAACAGCAACAAGAGGAUUUAUUCCAAAGUGAACGUAGUUUCCACGAAGUAAAACUCCACAACAGCACGUAACUCGAUAAACUUAUACGGCCUCCGCCAACUUGAAUAAACUUGAUAAACUUACACGGCCUCCGCCAACUUGAAUAAACUCUGCCUUCGUCACACUUGACUAAACACGACCAACGUCAAACUCUCUCCGCUUGUGAAAACUAGUUAAAACUUAACUCGGGCUCGCCUACUUAUAUACUUUUACAAUAAGAUUCUAGAACUUUCCAAAUAGUCUAAUUAUAGAAAGAUUACAAAAUAUACCGCUUUUAAAAACGCUUACAUAAGAUCCUAAAAUAAACAAGCUAUGAACUCUCGCGAAGCUUCUGGAAAGUCACGCUAGUCACGCAAUACAAUUUUUCGUAACACCUUUGAUUUUUUGGGGUCGUCUUGGAAAUGCUUCCACUGCAUUGCUUCUAUUAAUUCCACAUGUAUCUUAGAAUAGCUGCUCGAUUUCCUGGCUUAGUUAAAGCACAGGCAGCCCAGACGUAGUGUGUGUCAAUAAGAAAACUUCAUAGAUCACCAACAGAGGAUCGAUCAGAACAUUGAUAUUUCAAAAAAAAUAAUCUUCAUCGUUAUGUCUUUGUGUACAUGUUUGUAUUUAUUUAAUAAAUUAGACAAUAAUAGUUUUUAUAGAUUUGGAGACACGUUUUACAAUCAUGUUUUUAAUGUGAAUAAAGAGAUGGUUGUUUUGGUGGUGGUGGUGGUGGUUGUACAGUCUUUAAUUUUAACUCAUACACUUUAGAAUUCUUCGAGCUUAAAAAGAAUAAUAUCUCCUUAGAACUCAUGCUCUCAAACGGAGACGAAAUGGAAUGGUUUAGCUAAGGCUAUGUUUAUACUAUGCCUGAUAACUUUUCUUGGCAGCUAAACCCGGGUGAUGGAGUUCAUUUUAUUUUUCAUUUGUGUUUGCUCAGGGCUGGAUAAUUAUUAGCCUGUGAGAAAGCUCUCCAUUUGGGGGAUAUUGUGAAAAGUAAACGCGCGAGCCGCACGCGACAGCGAAGGGCGGGCGAAGAAAGGAGAGCUUGCAAAGAUCUUUGAUGAAUUUUCAUUUCUACCCCGGAAACCACAGGAAAGCGAAAAACUGUCACCGGAAACAAGAAAUGUGUCAGCCUUUUUUCAGUUCUUACAAAAAACGCGGUCAGAUUUAGUAUCAUAAUAUGUUUUCCUGGAAACCCCUUGCUGGUUUUUUUUAUUCCGCGUGCUUGAGAUCCAAACUGAACCGUAGAAAAAAACACGCAGUCCACAGUUAUCUUUCACAGAGGGAGAGAACGGUCUUCUUCCUCGGAAAAUGGAGUGAUCUUCAUGUUUUCCAUAAGCAUCAUGUUUUUAACUUAUUCGACAAGGAAUGUCAUCAAUCAAAUUUAAUUGACGGUGCGUCAUUUUUUUUAGCCAAGUGUAUUUCGUUUUGUCUAGGCGAAGCAGAAGUGAAAAUUUAUAAGGGAUCGCGGCAAGCUCUCCUUUUCCUCCGCUCGCUCGCGCGUUCCCGCGCAGUUCGUUUCGCUCGCCCAAUUAGAGAGCUUGCUUGUAGGCUAGACAAUUAUUUGUUGUGGUAACUCUACCUGAAGGCUAGGACUUCUGCUAAACAAACAAAAGGGAAUACAUAAUUUAUGACCUUAAAAUGGUUAAUAAACUAUGUAGUUAAGGAUCUGUGGAUCCAUUCAUUCAUUCAUUCAUUCAUUCAUUUUUAUUUGCCAUUAUUAUAUACAAAAAUUUUACAAUUUAAGGUUGGAAUAAUGAGAUAAAAAAAGUAAAUGGCGAGGAGACCUGAAAGAAACCACGAGGCUUAUAAUGAGUCAGGUCUCCUCAACUUAGGAUAAACUAGUCUUGAUAAUAUAAUUACAAUAUGGGCUUAUGAUGGCUAACUUUGACCGCGAACUCACACACACAUACACUCACACACACAAACACGCAUGUUAAAUUAAUUAAUCUAAUAAUCUACUUAGUGCCAAAAUGAAGCUAAUACGUACUGAGAAGGAAUUCUUUAAGCUUUCUUUUAAUCCAAGGCUUAACUUCUUGAAUUUACUUUUCAACCAAAACCAAUCAUGAGUGAUUGACAACCGCCUGUUAAUGUAAGGUUGCACAAUCAUUUUUCAGUUUCAAGGUUGGGUACACUUUGGUAGCCUUUGCUGUUGUGGAGUGCUGCCCAUUGAAGCGUUUAAGACAAGGAUGGAUGUUAUUACCGUCUAUUGAACAAACAGGUUGUUUCUUGGUGUGAACUUGUUUUUUGUUUUUGCUUUUCGAUAGGAGUGUUUUAAAGUCGAAGUUGUACAAGGUAUCCUUCCCUGGCUACAGUAGCAUGAAGACCCAGUCUUGCCAGUCGACAGGACGAGAAACGGUUCGCAACCUCGUAGAGAGGAUAUUCAAGGAGUCCGGCAAUGCACGUAUGAAACCUCCAUUGGAAAAUAUGUUGUUUUAUAAUGCAAAUUAUGAAUAUCUCAAUGUUGGUCUGCCGGUUGGAGUAUUGUCUAGCGAGGAAACCUACAACUGUUCCUUCAAAUCAAAAAAUCUUAAGUGGCAUCCUAGUGACUUGUGUCGCCAGUAUGCUGUGGAAGACUUUAGUAUCGACUGGAACCUGGGCUAUUUCCUUGUAUCAUUUUCCGAGGGACAGAUUGCUUCUGGCAUCACCGAAUUCUCAAAGAUCAUUAGUACCAAGAUGAAGGUUGACUUUUUCAAUGAUGAGACAAUUUUUGAAGCCUUGGUAAGGGAUAGACGAUUCAUAGAGGAAAAGCUACGUUAUUGUAAGGCAACUGAUAUUGAUGAGGUACAAAUCAGUUUAUGUUCUGAAGCAGCUAACAUUCAAGGCAAGUGCAUUAAGAUUUUUUCUGUAAGAGAAAAAGAUACUGCAUUGCCCAAAGAGGUUCCACCACGUCUCCAUCCAGAUCGUUCUGUAACAACUGCUGGUAUAACACCAAGCAAGAUAAAGCAAGAGUCUACUUCAGCUACAUCUUCGUCCACUCUCAGUAGUCUGACACCAGUGGAUUCGAGUACCCCAAGGACAACAGAAACGUCUGCUAAUACGGGGGAGAAAUCUGGCGCGUUGGUUGAGAUUAUGUUCGAUUUUAAUCACAAAGAACUAACCGUCAAAAAUGAAAAAGAACUACACAAGCAGCAUGCGGAGUUUGAAAAGUUCGCUCUAGAUCAGGGCUUCCGGUCCUACAUUUGCGAUAUGGAGGACCUUACUGAAAUAGCUAAGUCGGUUGGUGCCAUUUUUACGUCGGAUACUGCAAAGCAGCGUCAUCUCGCUGGUACCUGUUUCAGAAUAGGUACGGUGUACAUUAUCACUAAUAAGCAUGUAAUAGAUCAAAUUCAGCAGAAAAUUAACAAAGGAGAAGUGGAGGACGUUUUUGUUGAUUUCAACUUCAAGAAAGCGGAUGAAUCGCUUUCAGAGCGAAAAUACAUCGAUCGUCUUGUGUUGCAGUCCCAGGACCUGGACUACGCCAUAUUAAAAAUGAAAGAACCAGAACAGUCCCUCCCGCCGUGUAUUUGUUCACGUGGUGUCAGCAUCAUGAAUCCUGAUAACAGUGACUGGUCGAAGCUGCAUGAAGUGCCUCUGAGACUCAUUGGACAUCCAGAGGGAGAGCCAAAACAGGUCGACCUGAGGUGCACGAUAGAUGCAAGUCCGCAAGACGGUCUGAAGCAUUACGUGUAUACUAUACGAAGGGGAGAAAAAGUAGUAGGUGAAGCAGAGAAGGAGACUCUUAAACUCAAGGACAGGAAAAGAGGAAGAUAUCAGUCCAGCAAUUUUUUUGAAGGAUCAUCGGGGUCUCCGGGGAUCGUACGUCAACAUGGCAGGAAGUGGCUUGUUUUUCUCCACUGUUGUGGAUUUAAAAAUGAAUGGAACAGAUUUUUUAUUGAGCAAGGAGUGCUUUUCACCGAAAUAUACAAAGACGUUGACAAACAAAUUAAAGACGCUCAGCGAAACCCCUUUGUAGCCAAUAAUCCAUUGCAUGAUGUUAAGCUGGAAGACAUUUUUCGUUCAGUCGAUAUAAGUGAGCCAAAGGAGAGUUUCAGCUUUGAAAGUUUUCACGAAAUGCUGAUGUGAUAAACUUAACCAUACUUUUUACCGUAAGUAUUAAUUUAGAACUUUAUUCGAGACUGUUCUAAACCCUCUAAAAAUGAACAGUUAAAGCGCCAUUAAGCAGCUCCCUUCUAAUAAGCAUCCAGUAAUAAAAGUGUCAAAAUUAUUGUAGAAAAGAAUUGUCACGAAUGAAGGUUUCAUUUAAAAUCAAUGAAACCUCUAUUUACGUCCGGGGCCACUUUUUACUGUCACCCCAACAAUAGUUUUGCUAUUGUCGUCAUCUCAGGCGGCCAUCAAGCACGUAGCUUGGCUGUAUUUUAAAAGUCACUUCCUGUGGUGCCUGCUUAAUGGGGUUCAACUGUAAAUGAAUACACGAACUGGAAACGAUAUGCAAUGCGGAGUUCGAAAGCUCCUCCACCGUGGGUUUCUCACCCGCUGUUUGUUAUGUAUCUUCCAGUAAAAGUUGAGAAAUUAAAGGCUGGGGGCAGUUAAGAGUGUAACUUAACUUAUUAUCACGCCUUGCGUAGCAGAUUUUUGACAGCUUUAGCAUCGACGACGGACAACCGUUUUCUUCCAAUUUGGCUCUCUCCCCCGCCCCCCACCUUAAACCUAGCUAAAAUAGACGUUGGAAUGCAAUUGCGAUAUUUCCCAAUGGUUGAUUAGCCUACUAAGCUGACUCUUAAGAUUUUGACGUUGAAAUCUUUGUUCUCAGUCUUGUCGCUAAUAUUCGACUCUAGCCUUUUCCAGGCGUUCAAGUAGCGGGGACGGCGCAAUGAAAAGUGAGCCCAUUUCGCGCCACUCUCCGCUUUAUACCUGGAAAAGGGAAGUUCAAUCCGUGAAGGGCAUAUGUCACUGAAACGACCUGUGAAAAUGCUUCUAAACUGUACUGGUUGCAUAGAAGGUGAAAUUUGAAUGCACCGUAAUUUUUAGGGAGUUAUUAUAACUCCAAAAAUGGAGUAAAAAUUUUAGGUACAGGAUAACCCCUUUUUUGGGGUUAUUUUAACUCCUAAUUCAACUCCGAAUUUGGGGUCAUUUUUACUCCUGUAAAAGAGUUCUUUUUACUCCCAGUCUGGAGUUAAAAUUACUCCGAAAUGGGGUUACUUGUACUCCUUCCAUGGGUUGUUUUUACUCUUUUUGGAGUUAAUUUAACUCUGAAAGUGGAGUAAAAAUUUUAGGUACAGGAUAACUCCUUUUUUGGGGUUAUAUUAACUCCUCAAUAUCUGGGGUCACUUUUACUCCUGAAAAAGAGUUCUUUAAACUCCUUUUUGGAGUUAAAGUAACUCCACGAAAAAUAACUCCACUGUAAGGAGUUAAAUUAGCCCCACUAGAGGAGUUAUUAUAACUCCCUGAAAAUAACAGUGUGGAUGUGCUCUCAAACACAAUCACAUUUCGUUUUCUAGUUUUGUCAGUCAAUUGAUCGCUUGCAACCUCUUUGAUUUUUUUAGUUACCAUUUUUUUAAUUGAGAGGCCGUUUUACCGGUUUCAAGUGUAGAGGCUAGUUCGGAAAAUAACAAAAUCAUUGUUCAAGAAUAUGCUUCUAUGAAAAAGACAAGGCAUCAAUGUUCGGAUGAUGAUUAACACCGAUUCAAAAGAAGUUAGUAGGAUUAUGUUGUUUUGUUUAUGUCGGAUUUCUUCAAAGUAUGCAAAGCAAUUUUGCUUUUGUAAAGGAAAAGUGGGAGUAGCCUGAACUGGCAUGAUUUUUGUUAACAAUGAUCACAAUACAAUCACAGGGCGCCCAAGCAAUGUGUGUGUAAGCGAUUGCAAUAUUUUUACAGUAAAUGUACUGGAUUUACAAUUUGCUUCACCUACAGCGAUAUAUCGCUAAGUAUGUAUAUAAAUCAAAGUUAAAAAAACGUUGAAUUACCUUGCCUAUGG